AACAUUGGUUCACAUUCAAUCGAAUUCAAAUGUUUUUUGUUAGAUGAGAGAUUGAUGUGAAGAGCAUUGCAUCAAUGGUUUCAACUACUAAAUUAUGAGCCUCACCUGUACAAACUGAAAAGUGGAAUGUUAAGGUUCAACAUUUUAGCCUAAGCACCAUAUGAUUUCUCAUGCACUUAUAAUUAAGCUUGUAUGCAUAUGUUAUUUAGUUGUUCAUAAUUUAUUUUGUAAGUGCACAAUGAUAGUUUGAUAUGUGGAUGCAGUUGGUCCUUUGCUUUAAGGUGCAUUUGGAUUGGUCAAUGAGAGACAUAUUCAUGAUUUUUGGGAUUUCUACUCUUGGUAGAAUUUUCAACAAUCAUGUACUCGGGUGCUUUAAGGUGCAUGUGUGCGAUUGUGUGAUGAUUUGGGAGAACUAUGUUGAAGGACAGGAAGUUGCAAAUGGUUCAUCUGUUGUUGAAAGCAAACAAAAGGAAGUACUUCAGGUGGUGGUAGCUGAAGUACUUGGAGAUGGCAAGUUCUACAUCCAAACAGUCAGCAACUAGAAAGUGGCUGCUAUUCAAAAGCAGCUAGCUUUGUUGAACUUUCAAGAAGCCCCUGUUGUGGGUGCUUUUAAUCCUAAGUAAGCGUUUAUCUGCUAUCUGUCCCAAUAACUUGGCAUUUUGAACAUGUCACAUAUGUAUGAGAUCCAAACUGUUCAUCCAUUGUACCCUACUAUGCAUUUUCAUUUUGUUUGAAUCUAAGUUCUUCAUGAAUGAUUUUCAAA